GGUGCUCGGUGUCAUUUUUACACCUGCAAACUCCUGAAAAGCUACCUCCUUCGUUUAGCCAGUGAUGAUGGACUUGCUUGACAAACAACUGAACUUCAUCUUUGUCAGUGAGAAAGAUCACUAUCAUUUCCAUUAAUUUACACGCUGGACAGGAGCCAAGUUAAGGUUGAAGAGAAGGAGCUGGACUUUGUCUUUGAGUUGGUGAGUGUGCAAUUUAACCAGACGGGUCAGUACCAGCUGAUUCUGACCGCGGAGAACCCACUCUUGGACAACUCUGGAUCUGGGGUCCGAUUGAGAGUCAACGAUGGGGAGGUUCUCCAAGCCAACUCUAGCUCCACUGGUACCAUCAAGCAGGUUAAUGUGGACAACAUGUAUACCUGCAGCCCUAAGAAGUUUGUCUUCACUCUCCCUAAAGGGUUUUGCAAGAACGACAAAAACCACGACGUGCGUCUGAAAGUGGAAGCCGUUCUACUGUCUGACUCUGGCGCCAAGGAAGCCAGCAAAGCUGGCGAGGGUUUCUUCGCCAUCUACCCACGCACCAACGCGCCACGCAUCAACUUGUUCGCUGGUCCGGAUGAGGAGCUAUACCAGUACAGCGGCAUCAUGGCACUCCUCAGGGCCCACGACGACCACCUGGCCAUGCACUGCGGCCGCUUACUCUACACAGUGGCCUUCCACGAGACACGGCCCGUCGCUAUAGACAGGAGCAUCGGCCGUCUUCCCCCUCCGCCUGCGGCCCAGCCAGGGGAUGAUGGUACGGGAGGGCAGGGGCAGGAGAAGCCUGAUGGUGGGGCUCCUCCAUCAUCCUCAGGCCCCUCUACAUGUCUAGGGCCUCCACUGCCACCAGAGGAGAAUGGAACCAGGGCCCAGGAGGACCCAGAGGACUUUAGACCUUCUCCACCACCAUCUCCACAGACCACAGAAGCCAAGCUCAUUUCUAUGGAGCCAGAUGUCACUCUGGAUGAGGAUGGUGAGAGCCUACCCCUUUCACCGAGGAGUGGAGUCUCCCGAAAGCCUGAGUUGAUCACCAAACUGCCCCCACGCCCCUGUGGGGAUGGUUUGAUCCUCCUCCCCCUCGAGGACACCCCUCCACAGUCACCCCUGCCACUUCCUUAUACACAUGUGAUCGAGUCUCCACGCUGCCGAGGUGGCAUUGCCAGCUCCCUCCCCCUGCCGUGUGGUCACGUGUCCCGUCCCGGUGAGCUGGUGGCCUGCGUCAUCGUGCACGGGGCCACCAGCUUACCGCCCCUCAGAGACGGAGGCGUCCCGCAGCCAUUCGCCUCACUUAGGGAGACCCGGUAUGGAGCCAGCACACAGCCCAACACAACGCCUGCUCGUAAACACCCAGCACUGGAGCAGGAUCAGAGCUCCGCAGGCACAGACAUCUGA